CCUGCCCCCCAUCCUGCCUCUAAUGGCAAUCGCUUCCGUGCCACCACCGGAAACCGCCCAUGUCCCGACCACCGGAAAACGCAAACCCGCUGCUCCUAUAAAACCCGGCGAAACCCGCUCCUCCAUCGGCCAGCCAUCACACACCUUGGACUCGCCGGGCACUUGUCUUCUCGCCGCCUCCCGAUCUUCCCCCAGCUCUCCUCUCUGCUGAACCUGCACCCCAUCGCCAUGGCUCUCUUUGCGGCUUCCCGUCUCGGCGUCAAGAACGUUGUUCGAUCCUUUGCCUCGGCUGCUUCUUCGGCAGAGCUCAAGAAGACGGCCCUCUAUGACUUCCACGUCAAGAACGGCGGCAAGAUGGUCGAGUUUGCCGGCUGGGCCAUGCCCGUCCAGUACUCGAGCCUCGGCGUGUUGGCCUCGCACCACUGGACUCGCCAGAACGCCUCGAUCUUUGACGUUUCCCACAUGCUCCAGACCCGCUGGACCGGUAAGGACGCCGUCAAGUUCAUCGAGUCGCUGGUCGUCGCCGAUGUCCAGGGCCUGCCCGUGUCGGCCUCGACCCUCUCCCUCUUCACCAACGAGAAGGGCGGCAUCAUCGACGACACCGUCAUCAACCGCCAUGGCGAGAGCUCGCUCUAUGUCGUCUCCAACGCCGGCUGCGCCGACAAGGAUCUGGCCCACAUCCAUGCCCAGCUGGCCAAGUUCCAGAACCAGGGCGGCGACGUGGACGUCAAGGUCCUCGACGACGUCUCUCUGGUUGCUCUCCAGGGUCCCAAGGCUGCCUCGGUUGUCUCGAGCCUCACCAACAAGGAUCUCUCGAACUUUGCCUUCAUGAGCGGCCGCCAAAUGGACAUCAAGGGCAUCCCUGUUUACAUCUCUCGUCUCGGAUACACCGGCGAGGACGGAUUCGAGAUCUCCGUUCCCCAUUCCGAGGCCGUGGCCCUUACCGAGCAUCUUCUGGCCAGCCCCCACGUCGAGCUUGCCGGCCUCGGCGCUCGCGACAGUCUCCGUCUCGAGGCUGGUCUCUGCCUCUACGGCCAUGAUCUCGACGAGACUGUUACUCCCGUCGAGGGUGCCCUGGUCUGGACCAUUGGCCAGCGGCGGCGCGCCGAGGGCGGCUUCCUCGGUGCCGACAUCAUUCUGCCCCAGAUCAAGGGCGGCGUCAGCCGCAGAAGAAUCGGUCUCAUCGUCGAGGGUGCUCCUGCUCGUGAGGGCGCCGAGAUCCUCAACAGCAACCAGGAAGUCAUCGGCACCAUCACCUCGGGCUGCCCCUCUCCUGUCCUGAAGAAGAACGUGGCCAUGGGCUACAUCAAAAACGGAUUCCACAAAUCUGGAACCGAGGUGCUUGUCCGUGUCCGCGGCAAGGUUUCCAAGGGUGUCGUCACCAAGAUGCCCUUCGUUCCCCACAACUACUACCGCGGAGCCUGAGCGUCAGAGUCAUCCUGAUGCUUGACUCUCGCCGCAGCACAGUCCCCGUUCUUUCUUUCCCCACUUGCGAUGCUGAGGUCAUCGACCAUGCUUCCCCCUGCUCGGUCGUGAUGCUCGGUCGUGAAUCGCUCCUCAUUUGUGAUGCCCAGGCAUGGCUCUGUCAUCGCUGCUACCCAAUCGAUAGUGCAUCGUUCGCUCAUCCGUGUUGGUGCUCUCAGAGUCACAGACAGCGCCGUGAAUAUGCUGCCCCCGACCCGGAUAGAUCUUCAACAUGUGCAUCCGUCGCUCUUGCU